GGCGCGGCGAGAGGAGUCAGACGGAGUGAGGCGCUCGCCUGGGCAGUAGCAGCAGCAGGAGGCAGCAGCAGCAGUAGUAGUAGCAGUAGACAGACAGGCGAUACAGCCGCGUCCGCAUGCCCUUGAGUCGCGUCCUACACUCGACGCGCUUGUAGUUGACGAAGGGAGUGAGGGGGACGAGCAGUGAGAGAGAAGCGUUCACGUGGAUCGGCCGCUCUCCUAACAGGAAGCAUUGACUCGUGUUGAUGCUGCUGCUGCUGUUGUAACGCAGGCAGGGCAAGGUGAUCUUUAAACGAGGGGGCGGGUGGGUUGGCUUGAGCGAACGACUACAGCCCCUGCUGCUGCUGCUGUGACGAAGCGCAAAGAGGCUGGCUGUAGUGAAGGCAGGCGAGGAGGCACAGAGUGUAGCAGCCAUCGCCCCCCCCGACUCGUCGCCGUCUGCCUCCACCCCACCCCGGCCCCGACACCCGUGAAUGUCACCCUAGAUGGGGGAUUUCUCGUUCGGCCUGCAGCAGAGUCACACACACAGCCUGACAGCGGCAGUAGUAGGCACAACAGUGGCAGUCGCGUUGGCACCAGAGCACAAGCAACAACAACAGCAGCAGCAGCCGUCGUCGUCGUCAUCGUCGUCGCCGCCUUCGCCUCCCUCUCCUCUUUCGCCAAGCGCCGCUUUGUUUUUGCCUGCCGCCGGUCCCACGCCGCACGCCAUGCAGGAUGAGCUCCUGAUGGACAGAGCGACCCUAGCACAGCAGCACGAGCAGGGCUCGCCCGAGGUCCCAGAGUCAUCCGCAGCAGCAGCAGUGACAGUCGUAGGAGCAGAGGACGGCAUAGCAGGUAGCAACAGCAGCAGCGGAGGCAUCGGCAACAACAACAACAGCAGCAGUAGCAGCAACAGCAGCAACAACAGCGGAGCUGCCGUCUCUGCUGUGAACAGAGACACCGUCCCCAACAACAUAGUGGGCGGCAGCAGCAGCAGCAGCAGCAACAACAGCAUCAACAACAGCAUCAGGGAGCCGUGCCCACCCGUGCACAUGGAGUCGCCGAUUCUCCCCAGCCUGGCCGGCUUCCAGGAGCCGGCGUCCGCCCUCUCUCCGGGCUUCAACAACGCGUGGUCCACGGGCGUGAGCAGCCCGGCCGCCGCCCUCGGGGCAGCGGCAGGGGCAGCAGCAGGGGCAGCAGCAGGGGCAGCGGCAGACGAGGGCAUCUUCCCGGGCCUCUCGUCCAUGAACGGCGCCGUGCUCUUCCAGAACUUCCCUCCCAGCAUGAGCCCCAUGUUCGGCGCCAGCUUCUCGCCGCAGCUGCCGCUGGCCCCUCACCACCACCACCAUCAUCAGCAGCAGCAGCAACAGCAGCAGCCGCAGCAGCACCAUCAGCAGCAGCAGCAGCACCAUCAGCAGCAGCCACCGCCACCGCCGCAACAGCAGCAGCAGCAGCAGAGGAGGUCCCCCGUGUCUCUCCAGAGCCAGUUUCCCCAGCGCAACGCAGGCUAUGGGCACCACCAGCCCAUCAUGACGAGCAAGCCGUCCGCCUGGGGCAACCACCACCACCAUCAUCACCACCAGCAGCAGCAGCAGCCGCAGCCCCAGCCGUGGGGUGGCUCUGCCGGCUGGGGUGGCCCACAGAGCCGGGCAGGGGCCGGUGUGGGUGGCGUGGGUGGCGGCGGCGGCGGCGGAGGAGACCCGCGAAGGGCUGGUGGUCUCGGUAUCCCGACGCCCAUGAACCCCAUCUCGCCCCUCAAGAAGCAGCAGCAGCAGCAGCAACAGCAGCACUUCCCAGGCAACAGCGCCAUCGGGCCGCCCAAGUACAGCCGCUCGCCCGUGCCCACCCCCAAGUCGUGGCUGGAGGAGACUGCGUACCGCGGGGACGCCACCAGCCUGCUGGCUUUCCAGGACCGUGGCCGUCCUUUCGACCCGCUGAGCAUGCAGGCCUUGGAGACCUCGCUGCUGGACAUCAUGCGCAGCGAGCACGACCCCCUCAAGGGGACGCCGCCGCCAGCCAACGGCGCCGCGCUCACCGCUGCCGCCGCUGCCGAUAUGGUCUGGAGGAGCCAGUUUGCCGGUCGCUUGGGCAUUGGUUACCCACACCCUGGAAUGGACAAUCUGCUCUCCCUCAAUGCAAGGAGUUAUGGCAGAAGACGAGGCCGCUCCUCGCUCUUCCCGCUGGAGGACGGCUUCCUGGACGACGGCCACGGCGAUCAGUCGGCCGCCUCGAGCCUCAGCUCCCCGUCGCGCUGCUCUCCACGCAGCCAGAACGGAGAGCACGUGGAGCGCUACUCCCGCAAGGUCUUUGUGGGCGGCCUGCCCCCCGACAUCGACGAAGAUGAGAUCACUGCCAGCUUCCGGCGCUUUGGCAUGUUGGUCGUUGACUGGCCCCACAAGGCUGAGAGCAAGUCCUACUUUCCUCCUAAAGGAUACGCAUUUCUGCUCUUCCAGGAAGAGAGCUCGGUGCAGGCUCUAAUCGACGCCUGCAUUAAGGAGGAAGACAAGCUUUAUCUGUGUGUGUCCAGCCCCACCAUUAAAGACAAACCGGUGCAAAUUCGCCCAUGGAAUCUAAGCGACAGUGACUUUGUGAUGGACGGCUCUCAGCCCCUGGACCCACGCAAAACCAUCUUCGUGGGAGGGGUUCCUCGCCCGCUCCGAGCCAUCGAGCUGGCGAUGAUCAUGGACCGGCUGUACGGGGGCGUGUGCUAUGCUGGCAUCGACACCGACCCCGAGCUGAAGUACCCGAAGGGGGCUGGGCGCGUGGCCUUCUCCAACCAGCAGAGCUAUAUCGCGGCCAUCUCCGCCCGCUUCGUGCAGCUGCAGCACGGAGACAUCGACAAGCGGGUGGAGGUGAAGCCGUACGUCCUGGAUGACCAGAUGUGUGACGAGUGUCAGGGUGCACGCUGCGGGGGGAAGUUCGCCCCGUUCUUCUGUGCCAACGUCACCUGCCUUCAGUAUUACUGCGAGCACUGCUGGGCAAGCAUCCACUCCCGAGCCGGCCGCGAGUUCCACAAGCCGCUGGUCAAGGAAGGAGCAGAUCGACCUCGCCACAUCUCCUACCGCUGGUGUUAAACAACAAACGAGUGGUGGUGGUGGGGUGGGGGGCACCUUUAUAAGAGAGGGCGAGGUGGGAUCACAAAUGAUAUGAAAUCACAAAUUAAUGCCGCCCGCCUCGCUCUCAAAACAAACCCUUUGCCCUUAAGCCCUGGGCUGCAGCUGAUUAAAGAUCGAUCGAUCGCAUUGGUUCAUGGUGGAUUUUGCCACUCGUGCUGGCGUCGCCCUUAACCCAAUGAGAAGGAACAGAUGAUGCUACUCUUAGCGGAGUAUUGUGUUGAGCUGCGGCGAUUCGUGGCCAUUGUCAGGGGGAGGGGGGGGGAAUGUGCUUAACUGUGAAGAACGCUCAUUUGUACAGCAUUGGCUGCAGCCCAGGUCUUCAAUGAGAGGGCAUAGCGCAUGGCAAGAGGGAAAAAUUUGUGUAACGCGCUAAAACUACCUACCAGCAACUGCUUUGGAAAAGCCGCACUGCAUGACAAAGUACCAUUGUGGAUGGUAAUAAUUUGAUUUGCUUCUGAUAUUGCCCAACUAAUUAUAAAAGAGCUGUUUUCAUAGACUGACAAGCCUGACUACUGACAUUCGCAUGAAAAGUAGACUCUAAAAAGUGGUGAGUGGAAACAAAAACACUUUUGUCAAACAAUGUACAUAUAUUUAUGCAUUGUAUUCUGAACAAAGAUCCACGUGAGGAACCUAUAUAAAGGCUUGGCAGUUCGUUAAAAUACUUUUCCCUCUUGCCACAUUUCCACGUAGUUUGUAGUCCACAGGAUCUGUCUUGUGAUUCGCAAAGGAUUGUGGGUGCCUCGGGUGUUGUGUGUUGAAAAAAAACAGACGAUUUUUUUAAUUUAAUUUUUUGUAAAAUCUCUAUUAAAUGAUUACAUUUUGGCAUUAAUGUAAAAUAUAAUUUUUUAAAAGAAAUAGUUGAGCAAUGUCUCAGCAUUUACAUAUUUUGAAAAUGGAAAAAAUAAUAUUUUUAAGAAUUAUUUAUAAGUGUUAGAACGGGAAGUGUUUAGCACAAGUUUAUUUGAGUGGUUUUGUUGUAAAUGUUCAGACUGCGUCAAGUGCUUGCUCCUCACAUGUGAGGCAGUACACCCUGAUCUCCCACAAUGCUUUGCUAGCCAGGGGUCCUGGAGACAGGAGAGCAUUGCACCGGCCUCCAACCCGAACACGUAGGCAUCCGAUGUGUUUGCCUGUGCACAACAAUUUAAACAAAUAUAUUUAAAUUUUGUUGAAAAUAGGUCUAACCCAACUCAUCGGCCACUUUAACCAGACAUCAAUCCAUCAAUCUGUAUGUCAAAACUUAAGGAAUAGAUUAUCGUUAUUUUUUUCAAAAGCUAAUAUAAGAACGGAGAGAGAGGAAAAAAAAUCGACAAAAAUAAGUGCAUGAUGGCGCUUAUAUUAUAGUAUAUAUUCUGGUGUGCAGCGUCAGCGACGUGGCUUGACGUGACUGUGUUGCUGUGUGUUCACCACAUCGACUAACCAUGUCUCAGUGCAAGCUAAAUGCAACAUUGGCUAUAAACAAUCGCCGUAGAUUAUCGCUGAGGUUAACCUAUAGCUAGAGAGCCAUGCACUUGUUUUUUGUCUUGCUUAUUUAAUCGCAAUUAACCGCUUAUGUCAGUGCUGAUGUGCACAAGCCUGCCAUUUGCGCUCCCGAGAGCGUAACCAAAGCUAGAGUGGGGGGUGGUGGCGAGGUGCGCACCCGGGGAGGGGGCGCUGGGGAGGAACGGCGGCGGGGGUGCUCAAAGGAGGUGAACAAUAAACGAAACGGAAAAAAAAGCACCCCCUGUGAAAAGAAUAAAAAUGGAACGCUCCACGGCGGUAGCUCAUGGGAGGGGGAAACGCGUGUGGGGUAAAAACCGCCCGCAGAAAAACCUAAUCUCGCGGGGGGUGGGUGGGUGGGUGGAAGGGUGAUGGUGGUCAUGCGCACGGCGUGGGUCGGUCAAUCCGCGGGGGGCGUUCCGUUGUUUUCUUUUAUUGUUAAGGGUGUAUUUUUUUACUCAUUUAUUUAUUGUUUUGGUCCUUAUUUUGGGUGGGGUGGGGGGAGGUGUAGGGGUGGGGACAGAAGGUUUAGUUAUUUUUGUAUAAUUAUUAUUAAGAUGAAACCCCCUCUCCUUGCCCUCCUUCCUUUCCCCUCAGACGUGUCCUCUGGUGGUAGCAAUCAUACCGUCUCGGAGCCCCCUUCCCCAACACCGUCACAAUCACGACGACGCAUGCACACGUGCGCACAUUGCAUAAAUCACGUGCUCGGCAUAGACGUCAAACCGCAGAGCUUAAGGCAGAAAGGAAUUGCCGUUUGCUCUCCAUUUUGACUUGGAAGUGAUUUGAUACCUCAAUGCGAAUUGUUACAGCACAUUCUUGGAUAAACGCACGAAAAAAACGUAGAUAUGCUGCUAUAUAAGCGGAUGUUGAUGAGAGAGAGCGAGCGAGAGAGAGAAAAACAUCUUUGCUAUUUGAAAAUUUCUAUGUAUUUACACAGAAUGGCACUGUUGCACAGGUGAGACGUUUCCUAAUCUACGGUAAACCUGCCACACAAGGAAAAAAAGUAUAUUGAAACGUUGCAUAGUGAUAGCAUGUUUACUUGUAAGCUUACUGCAUGUGCUACUGUAUAUUAAUGGCAAUUUUGGAGUGCAGACAUUAUCUGGAUAUACUUUUAAAACUAUAUAGGGAGUCGAGCUUGGCUGUCAGGGUACAAGCUGCACCUGUUAGCGAAACCUAAACAUGAAUAAUAGCAUGCUUUCCUAUAAAGCUGUUAAAAUUAUUAAUCACUGCAAAGAAACUACAAACCAAUUUAAUCUGCAUUGCAGAGUGGAAUGACCUUAUAAGGAGCACUAGUUAUGGUUGAGGUGUGUACAUGUUAACGCUGAAGUUUAAACCUUAAGGUGUGCAUGGCGUUUUGUUUUUUCUAAUCUUCAUUUUAAACCGUAGUUCUUUCCCCGCAUAGAUAAAACUAAACCCCCCACCACAUUUCAAAUUUAGCAUGCCUAAUUACAUUUUCCUUUUUUUAAUGCCACAUUUGUAACAGCUGCUUUUCGUUUAGAGAAACUACAUUAAAUGUAUACACACACUAGUAAAAAAAAAUGACAGGUAAUAUUAAUUAUAAUAAACCUCAAUUUUAUUUUGGCACACCAAAGACGGAUGCUGCACCGUAGUGGUUCAAACAAAAUUGCGACGAUAAAAACUAUUAACCAAAAUGUUCAGCCCCCCCCCCCAACGCUAGUGCAAAACCGUAAGAACAGCGUCCGAUUUACUCUGCAGUAAGUCAAAAUGGAGACAAGCUUCACCCUGCCCCCCCCCUACCUUACACCACAAACCAUCCUUAACUUGAAGCUGCAGUAGAGUACAGAAUCCCCUCCUCCCAAGGCUUGAAUAUAGAGUGCUGCUGUGAUUGUUUAUCUCACAAAGUAUUGUGCGGGUGUUUUUUCGACUCACUAACAAAGAUACUGGAAAAAAAUGUAUAACCUAAGAAAGGGGUUUUUUUUCCUCAUAGUAUUUCUAAAAAGCAUUUAGCGAGUUACUAGCGACGAUAUUGAUAUUGUAGCGGUCGCAUUAUUAUAGCCUAUGGCAAAUUUAGCGUGGCGUUACUGUGUGUUCAGUGUUGUGCUGUAUUGUGCGUUUUUUCCCCGUCAUCGAGUUGCUGUCAUGGAGCUGAAUUUUUGAUGUUUUGGAAAAUGACUUGAGCUUUUUGUACUGGUGAACUAAUUUCUGUCUAAUCACAUUUUGAGAUGGGAGACGAACGAUUCCUGGGCCUUUUGGUGCGUCGUUUGCUGCCCAAUAGUGGUUUUCUAUUUUUCAUAACCCACAUCCACAUUUGUUGGUAUGCACUACUUUUGUAUCCUUAGGACAAUUUUUUCAGACACACAGACUUUUGUAGGCAUGCUUCUCUCUGCUGCAUCUUUUUGCAAUACCUCAAUUUUUCAGAAGCAGGAAAGAAAGAAUAUUUUCUAAGUUUAUUAUUCAUAAAAAUGUAUAAUUUAAUUCUGCAUGAAAAAAAUUAAGAGAUGGAAAACUUUUAUUUUUUGCAUCGCUCUGCUUUCUAAACUUCGAAUUGACUGAGAGCUUUUUAUAUACUUUAUUGUAAAGAAUUGUAGGUAGCGCUGGCUUAAUGUAACUAUAGCCUGGAUCUUUAUUCCAAAAUCCCUUCGUGAAAACAAAUCUGGUGGUUUUGGCUGUUCGGGACAACGCUAAAAUGUUCAGAAGACGAGAUGAAUCUCAUGUCGACAGUGUGUUCUUUAGUCUGCUUGGCUUCCUAGCUCAGGGGGGGUUCACUACCUAAAGCGCGCACACCGGCUUACAGACAGACGCUCGCUUCAGGUCUUGGCAUGGCAAUACAUUUUACGUGGCCCUCAAAUCACACAUAGUUUUAUUUUUGUAUUUGAUUUGUGUUUAUUUUCUUACAGAGUUUUGCUGCGCGUGGGGUUCCGUCGAAGAAUGUUGCUGUAAUUGUUGUAGGUUCGAUGGGAAAUGGAAAAACGAGUUGUCCAUUUUUGAAAAUCCGUUAAUGUUCAGGAGAGUGCGAUCUGCUCUGAAAAAACAAACAAACAAAUCUGCAGACUAUUUGCGGAUUCGGUUUAUGUAUGAGGAAACUUGUUCCUGUUUUUUUGGUUUUUACUCUUUAAUUUUUUUACCUUUUAAUUUUUGGUUUGUAUUAUUCCAUCGUAACCAAAAUGGACCUUAAUAUGUAAUUUAAUUCUUAAAUUAUUAUGGUAAUGAAGCUGAUAUGAUGACACUUGCAAUUGUGCAUUACGGAGAAAUGGCAUUUAAACCCACAAUGCAACAGGUCACAAGGAUUCAGAAGGAUUGCACAGGCAUGGCUUUCAACACACCUGCUCUCGGCAUUGACACUGUUGUAAUGUGCAAUAAUAAUAAUCAUUAAUAUUAUUCAUAAAGCUAAAAAAAGGCCUGGAAACUUAGAUUUAUUUUUUGGUGCAAAAUCUUUUUGACUUUGUUAUCCACUCAUUUUUCUACUGUAGUUUAAAGAAGAGAGAAAGAAACCCCUUAUUUUUCAUAUUAAGUUUAUACUUAAAUACAAUUGUAUGAUUGUAAUUAUUUUAGAAAGAUUUUUUCAGAAAAAGGGGGAGAUUUUUCACACUUUUUCAUAAUUAUUUUUUAGUUUCUUUUAAAAAAUAUAUAUAAAAGAUCUUGGGAAAACCUUUCAUUUAAUAUUUUUUUUGUAUUUCUAUGUUGGAGUAUAUAAUUUUAUGAUCUAAUUCUAUAAAGUUUGUUUUUAUUGACGAUUUUUUGGAGAUGGAAUUUUUUUGUUAUUUAAAAAAACUAGACUCUAAAAACUCAACGCUGUGGUUUACACUAGAAAAAAACUGGGUUGCUGGUUUCAUUUAGUGCAAGGCGAGUGGUGAUUGCGCAGUUUUUGAGCAGAGGCUAGCAGGAAUGAAUAGUGCUCUUCAUAAUAAGAAUGUAUAUGGAGAGUUAAAUAAAUGAUAUGCUUAUGACACAAUGUUUAUAUGUUUUUAAAAUAAACAGAUUCCCACAUUCUGGUAUG